AUGUCUUCUUAUCAUUUGAUGGCAUGGCUUUUGAUGCUGGUGAGUGUGUUCUCAGCAGUCGCUGUCUGCCCUUCCGGCUGGAAGAGCUGGAACCGCUCCUGUUACGCUCUGUACUUUGAACGGAUGAAUUGGAUGGAGGCUUCGGAGUUCUGUGAGGGCAGGGGAAGCCGGUUGGCAGUGCCGAAUUCACAGGGUGAGAAUGAUUUCAUCUGGCAGAUGGUGAGCGAGCGAGUUGAGGCCGAGUCUGUGUCUCGAAGUGGGGUCUGGAUUGGAUGCCGCCGGGAGUCUCAUUACUCCAGCUUUGAGUGUUCUGGAGGUCCAAAGGAAAUGAGUUUCACCAACUGGUACCCCGGCUUUCCCGAUCAAAGCUCCCCUCAGUGCAUCUUGUUCUCCAAGGGUGCUGACGGGAAAUGGAAAAACAACAAAUGUGUCUCCGCGAACGGCAAGUGCUUCGUCUGCAAGAUGCCGAAUGCUGCUGGUGUGCACUGCUUGACCGCCGACGCUUACGGGCGCUUGGUCGGGGAUUUGCCGUAUUAA